GGUGUGAGACCAAGAUCUUUAUUAAUAGAGAGUGUUUACAAUAGAGGGAGAAUGAUGGUGGAAAAUAAUCUACCGGUUGAUCCUAGGGAUAUUUAUAGGAUGUUUAAAUAUAGUUAUUCUAGGAAUACAGUUUUAUUUGAUUGGUGUUCGGGAUAUUCUUAUUCUAGUGGGAUUUAUCCUAUUCUACUUUUGAUAGGACUAUCUCUAGAAUGCCUCCACGUGUCCUAAUUAUCAUAGGACUUGUUUUAGGAUAUAACAUUAGCCCCCCAAUGAAGAAGUUUGAGGGUAGUGAAAACUUUCAACGGGCCGGUAAUCUUGUGAUGGCCGGCAAUCCCUCUACUUCUGGUUCUAUUCCGACUUCUGCUUCCGGCUCUGUUUCGGUCACUGCUUCCGGUUCUGUUUCGAUCACGGCUUCUGGUUUUGUUCCGAUCUUUACUUUCGGCUUUGCUCCGAUCUCUGCUUCCGACUUUGUUCCGUCCUCUGCUUCCGGCUCUGUUUCAUCCUCUGCUUCCGGCUCUGUUCCGGUCUCUGCCUCUGGUGGUUCUCCCGUUGAUGACGUGGGUGUCCUUCCCUCUUCUUCUGAGCCGGAGUUCUUUGAUAUUUUCUGCCUUCCCCACAAUGCGGAUGGGAAGUUUUGUUGUGAAGGGCGCUUUACGAGCGCUGCAUCCAAGAACAACACCAUCUUCAUCGCCUCAAUCCUUCUAUCUUCGGCUCCUCCAAACGCUCCCCCAAUUCCAACCGCCGAGAUCGUGAAAGGAGGUGAGACAGGGAAUGCUGCUUGGGAUGCUACAAUUGCCAGCAUGAGGAGGAAGCCAAGGAGCGUGAGUGUGCGUGGUUGGAGAAAUUCGCAGAUCGAGAUCAUGAGAAGGAGUUGAAGGUCAUUAAAGAAGAGUAUAUUGGAUCAAAAUCCUCACAAGGCCCAGCUCAAGGGUUCAUAGCCGAAGUUGUUCGGAGGGAGCAGAGAAAGCUUGUUGCCAACAAUGUGACAGAGAUGUAGUCCCUUGCUAAGUUGAUUGUGCUUGAUGGCAUCUCUGAGUUUGAGAGCAUGGAUGUUGCUGUGUAGGUUUAAGCUGAUCCAAAGUUCAAGAAAGUUUAUGAUUAAGGUUCAAUGCAUGUUCCUUUGGGCAGAUCUCUGGUUGAAGUAGAGUAAGGAUUGGGCAGCUUUGAGGAUGCAGAGGAUUCUGUUAUAGCUAUUCACAGUUGGAGUAGUUUUGUGAAUGCGGAGGUUCUCAAGGUUUAUGAUGCUGGUUCUCAUUAUCCAUCUAUUUUUCGCAAUUCAUUGGUACUUUGGAUUCCCGCUGCUUGCAUGCUAAGGUUGAUCUUAUUUAAAUACGAGGGAAGAGCAAAGCAAUUGAAUGAGCUAGCUUCAAAGAUUUUGCUUUAAAAGCUUUGUUUCUAACUUGAGUUUUGGUCUGAAAUUUGCAUUAACCUUUGUAACGCAUCUUGCAUAGCUUUUGUCUGGGUAUUUAUGUAACUCAAAGCUUGCUCGCCGUCUUUUGCUUGGGUGUUUAUGUACACCCAAACUUACUUGUAGCUUUCGUUUGCCUGUGUAUCUUUUGCUUGGGUAUUUUAUGUACACCCAAACUUACUCGCAACUUUUUGCUUGUCUGUGUAACUUCUACUUGGGUAUUUAUGUACAUCCAAACUUGCUCACAGCUUCUUCGCUUGCGUAACUUUUGCUUGGAUAUUUAUGUACAUCCAAACUUGCUCGCAGCAUUUUGCUUGUCUAUGUAACUUCUGCUUGGCUUUUUGCUUGUCUGUGUAACUUCUGCUUGGGUAUUUAUGUACACCCAAACUUGCUCACAGCUUCUUCGCUUGCGUAACUUUUGCUUGGAUAUUUAUGUACAUCCAAACUUGCUCGCAACUUUUUGCUUGUCUGUGUAACUUCUGCUUGGGUAUUUAUGUACACCCAAACUUGCUCACAGCUUUUUCGCUUGCGUAACUUUUGCUUGGAUAUUUAUGUACAUCCAAACUUGCUCGCAGCUUUUUGCUUGUCUGUGUAACUUCUGCUUGGAUAUUUAUGUAUAUCCAAACUUGCUCACAGCUUCUUCGCUUGCGUAACUUUUGCUUGGAUAUUUAUGUACAUCCAAACUUGCUCGCAGCUUUUUGCUCUUGCAUUGGAUUUUUCUUUGUGACUUUCUGUCUCAUAACUCUUGUUAGACCUGUGCAUCUUGUAAUUGAAUUCCUCUGCUUGUAGCUUUUUGGCCUAUGUGGCCUUCUCCCAAAAGUUUCUCAAGAGAAAGGCUCUUAGUGACUCUCUUGUCUUUUGUUUGAUUGUUAAGAGAUGAUGGUUGGUCUUUCGAGGAGCUCAAGUUUGCACAGCUUUCCUGAAAGUUGCUGUAAUUUGUUUUGCAUAAUAGAGCAUUCGAGGCUCC